AUGCCAGGUUUCUUCACGUCCAUAUUUCAAUGGAUAAGCGGUCUCUUCUUCUCCAAGCAAGCUGAAAUUGCGGUCGUCGGCUUGCAGGCCUCCGGAAAGACGUCUUUUGUCAACGUUAUAACCUCUGGACAAUGGAGCGAAGACGUCGUCCCUACUAUUGCGUUCAAUUUCCGGAAAAUUAGGAAGGGAAAUGUAACUAUGAAGAUCUGGGACGUUGCUGGCCAACCGAAAUUCCGCUCGAUGUGGGAACGAUAUUGCAAUGGGGUCGACGCUAUCGUCUUCGUCGUUGACUCCGUUGAUCACGAUAAGUUCAAUACCGCUCGUUUUGAGCUUCACCAACUACUGGGGCAACCUACACUCGUAGGGGUACCUCUACUCGUGCUUGGGAACAAAAAUGAUCUGGACGGACAUGUACCAGUAAAGGAACUUAUCAGGAACCUCGAACUUGACAAGAUCUCCGACCGUCCAGUAUCCUGCUACUCGGUAUGGCCGACAUUUUCACACCGGAGACUCUUCCCAUGCUUAUGUUUCGACCUUGCUCCAGUGCUCGAUGAAGAGCCAACACAACUUGUAAGAGAGCCUCCUGUCAUUACCCCUCAACUCUGA